AUGACAGUCAGUGGUAAAGAGGACAUUUCCAACUCGGAUUUUGACAUCAAUAUCCUUCAAGAUCCAUUGGUUGACCCCAAGGUUGAUAUGAAAUUUCCCUUGCCAAUAGAUAAAGAAACGUAUAUUGAUAGUCCCAACAAUGUCAAGACUUUACAUCAAUCAUUCAACUUGUUGCAUUCGGCAUACAGGUUUUUCACUGGUGGACAGUACUAUGACAAGAUUUAUAAAGAUGUUGAAUACAAGUAUUUUAUGAAUAAACACGAUGAUUCAUUCAAGAAAAAAUUUAAAGACCACAUGGAUGGUAAAUUAGAAAGAGAUGAUCCUAAAUUGGAUGAAAUUGUUUACAACCUAGUCAAUCAAGAAUUGAAUAUGAAGUUGAUUAAGGCAUCUGAUUUCAAAUCGAGAUUCAAAGAAGUUAAAGAUUACAUGAUUAAAUACUACAAGAAUCAAAAUGAAAUCAAUUUGCCAACAUUUGCAUCCCACCAAUUUAUUCGCAGUGCUUAUGUUACAGUAAUGACAAUUAUGCAAAAAUUAUUCCCCAAGGGUAUUUGGGUUUCCAAUCAAGAAAUGUCCAACUUGUUUCAAAAAUAUAUCGAAAACCCCAUGUCAAUUAUUUGGGCUCCAUCGCAUCAGUCGCACUUGGAUUAUGUCAUUAUUCAUUUAAUGUCAAUCAGAUUCAACAUUGCCACCCCAUCAGUGAUUGCUGGCGAAAAUUUAAAUGUUGCCAUUGUUGGUAAUCUUUUGAAAAAAUUGGGUGCUAUUUUCAUUCCACGUUCAUUCAACAAUGAAUUGUAUACUGAGCGUAAUUUAAACAAUGUUAUUGAAUUCUUGUUGGUGAACAAGACGGCAUUUGAAGUAUUUAUUGAGGGUACAAGAUCAAGAGAUGGGAAAUUGUUAUUGCCCAAAUAUGGUAUUUUGAAAUCAUUGGUAUCAAUAUAUUUAAAACAACGACACGAAGAACACAAUGUUCAUUUCGAUAUGUUGUUUCAACCACUUGGUGUCACUUAUGAACGUAUUUACGAAAAUGAUUCAUUUUUAAAAGAAUUGAAAGGUGAUGACAAGACUCAAGAAAGUCUUGUUGGUAUUGUUUCCAUUGCUGCUCUGGCCUUUUUCCCAAAGAAGGAUCAAUUGAUUUAUGAUAAACAAGGUUUCAAUGACAAUUCAACUCGUAAUUUGACUGGUAAAAUUUUUGUCAAAUUGGGUCAAAGUUUUACAUUGAGUGAAUUCAUCACUGAAGAGCAACAACAGCAUCAUGGUGGACAAGAAAUCACCAAUGAAAAAGAUGUCAAUUUGAAAAAAUUGGGGUUCAAGAUUUUGCAUGAAGUUAAUCGAAUUGCCUUCAUUCCUGAAAUUUCAAUCAUUGGUACUGCAUUACAAGCAUAUACUGACUAUAGUGGCAAGACCUUGUUUACCACGGAAGAAAUGAUCCCAAUAUUGAGACUAGUUUUAAAAAUGUUGCUUAGAGAAAAUGAAUCAUCAGUUACCAACAAAAUUAUCUUGCAAGAUAUGUUGAAUGCCAGCAAUGCCGAAAUUGCCUCUGUCAUCAAGUAUUGUAUUGUUUCAUUUUUCCGAUUCAUUAAAGUUAACGAAAAGAAGGAUUUAAUCAAGAUUGAAUCGCCUAUUGAAUUGUUGUAUUACAAGAAUUUGACCAUUCAUUUGAUCAUCCACAGAUGUAUUGCCAUGUAUCUCAUAUUAUUACUUGAUGGUAGUUACAGUGCCAAUAGAAGAAUCUUGGGCAAGUUGUUUUACAUUGUUACCAGUUUGUUGAAGAAUGAGUUUUUAUUUGAUUAUGAUGAAAAUCCAAGAAACUCAUUAAAUUUCAUUCUUGAUGAUUUGGUUGAAGAGGGGGUCAUUAGCAGAGUUGAGCCACAAAAGAGAAUCACCGAUACUGAUGCUUCUUCAUUAGCUUCAAACACGUCGUCGUCGUCUUCAUCAUCACUGGAGGAUGUACCCGAGUUGCCUUACUACAAAAUUGAAGAUCGUCAAUAUGUAAAGACGUUUGCCAACUUGGCUCAACCAUUUAUUGAAUCAUACAUUGUGUUGAUUACCAACAUUUUGGACAUGACAACCAACUUGGCUAACAAUUACGCUAGGGCGAAACGCCAACAAACCCACGACAAGAUUAUUUUGGAUGAUGAAGAAUUGAGGUACCCAACAACUAAAGGAUUACUUAAAUACAUAAUUGACCAACUGAGGAAAAGGGCCCGUUUCAAAUCAUUAGAAUCGAUAAACAAACAGUACUUGGUUAGUGACUUGUUUUACUUGAACAAUUUACAAUUGGUCAAGAUUUUCAAAAACAAGGCCAAGACCAAGGCGUUUGUGCAGAUAUUGAAUCCUAGAGAUCUCGAUAUCUUGAAUCAGUUUUUGAUGCAAUUGUUGAACUUAAGUCAUGGCGACAAGAGCUUAUUGGUUGAUGAUGUCAAUAUCAGUUAUAUUAUUGAUAUUACUGAUAAGAAUUUUGAUCGUGAUCCUGACCAGAUUAGAAAGACAAAUGGAUUCAAGUUGUGA